AGACGGCGAAGCAGAUGGUGAGACACUGAUGGAGAUGAGUUAUCUAUACCAGAAUAUUACGAGCAGUUCUCUUCUCUCUCCUCUGUCAAUUAUAAUUACUAACUAUUUCAAUUUAAGUAAUUAAUUAAGAGUACCGAUUUUUCCAAACCGUAAUUGUAACAAAAUCCAAUCUUUUCUUCUUCUUAGUCAUUGCUCUCUUUCUUUUUUUCCUUUCUCCACGUCUAUCCUCUCAGGCAUUCAUGGGUUUUUAUCACAGAGGAUUCUCUUAGAAACCCAACAAUUACAACAGGGGAAUUCUAGUUUCCGACUUUCCAUGCCCGGAUCCGACUUUUAAGGACCCACUAUAUAUACGUAUAUAUAUAAUAGAUAGCUAGAUUAUAUUGCUCCUUCCUCCCCUCUCUGUGCUGUCCUUUUCCGGGCUUUUAUUGAUUUUGUUGCGGAGAGUGGGAGAUCCGAUUUGCAGAUACACAGACUUAUAUUUCAUCUUCAGUUAUGGGGAGUUGUGUCUCUACACACUCAAAAAGAAUCAAGCCACGUAAAAAAUGCCGCCACAGAUCCACCAAACGCCUUGGGAAGGCUUCCAGUUGUGUCUCUGAUGGAACCAAGAGAAGGGUUAGUGAUGCUGGAAGUCGUGUGACGGAUAUCUCUGUCAGUGAGUUUGUACACAUGGACUUUGAGAAAGGUGCAACCACUGCUUGCAGAAGAUCUGAAGUUUCAAACACAACAUUCCAUCUCACUCAAUUGCAGUGGUACCUUAGUCAAGUUGAACAAAAUGUUAUCUGCCAGGAAGAUGCUUGGUUUGAUUCUGUCAGUAUUCUGGAAUCUGACUCAGAUGACGAUUUCAUCAGUGUGAGUGGAGAUGGUUUUCCAAUAAUGGGUAACCCAGUUGGAAACAUCUCGAGUGGUCAAGUGCUUCAGUAUGAAACCUCUUCGCGCAUUGUGGAUGGAAAAGGUAAAUAUGAAGAAUACCAUGAAAGUUACCUGAAAAUAGAUGGAGGUAAAACAGAAAAUUUUUUUAGCAAAGAUGGAUUCAAGGAACCAAAUGCAUUUUCACUCAUUACCACUCAAGGUUAUGAGCUUUCGCGCUUGGGGAAGGCCGAUCAAGCUUGCAACAACAGGAAGAAAGUUUUAGAUCACUCUUAUGGAAGCUUUAAAGGUGUAAAAGAGGAUAGAUGUGAUUCUGAAGAGAAAGCUGUGAGAUCUAGCUUAAGCCGGUUAAUGCCUUCUCUAAGUUUCAACGACAAGGUUCUAAAUUCACCUAGGGGACCACAAUCUCAAAGAAAGAAGUCAGCAGUUUACAGGCUUUCAUUUAAGAGGAGAUCAUGUGAUGGGGAAGAAACCAUAGAACAUUGUUCAUCAAAGAGAUUUCUGUAUCGUCCCAGAGCAGGAUUUAUAAUUCCACGUUGCACGGUGGAGAAACCAACUCCAGGAUGUUGGUGCGAGAUUCCACCGUCUACUUUUAAACUCCGCGGCGAAACUUAUUUCAAAGAUAAGCGAAAGUCCCCUGCUCCAAGUUGCAGUCCUUAUACUCCAAUUGGUGUUGAUUUAUUUGUCUGCCCAAGAAAGAUAAAUCACAUUGCCCAGCAUCUUGAGCUUCCAAAUGUCAAAGCUGAUACAAAAGUUCCUCCUCUUCUAAUUGUCAACAUACAGUUGCCCACUUAUCCUGCCGCAAUGUUUCUUGGCGAUAGUGAUGGUGAAGGGAUGAGUCUUGUCCUUUAUUUCAAAGUUUCUGAAAAUUUUGAAACAGAUAUCUCUGUGCAGUAUCAAGAGAGCAUCAAGAAAUUGAUCAACGAUGAGAUGGAAAAGGUCAAAGGCUUUGCAAAAGAUUCCACUGUUCCUUUCAGAGAAAGACUAAAGAUCAUGGCUGGGGUGGUGAAUCCAGAAGAUCUAAAUUUGAGCUCUGCUGAAAAGAAGCUUGUAAAUGCCUAUAAUGAAAAACCAGUUCUUUCGCGUCCUCAACAUAACUUCUAUAAGGGCCCUAAUUACUUUGAGAUUGAUUUGGACAUUCACCGCUUCAGCUAUAUAUCAAGGAAGGGACUUGAAUCAUUUAGAGAUCGCUUGAAAAACGGAGUUCUUGAUCUUGGCUUAACCAUCCAGGCUCAAAAGCCGGAAGAACUGCCGGAGCAAGUGCUUUGCUGUCUGAGACUGAACAAGAUUGGUUUUGUGGAUGAAGGGCAAAUGCCCACACUUAUGGUCCUAGAUGAUGACUGAAAUGUAUGUAUAUGCAUGUAUUGAUGUGAUGGAGGAUCCAGAGUCAAGACCCUCUUUGUUUACCGAAUCUGACCUUGCUGUAACUUAAAUUGAAAAGAAAAGAAAAACAAAGAGAGAAAGAGAGAAAUUCUUUUGUCCCCUAAAUAUUAUGAAUGAAAUGUUUGUUUAUCACUUAAAAAUAACAAUGUAUAUGUAAUAUUAUCAAGCUAUAUACUAUAAAGUUAAUAAGGGUAAAA